UGUACAGCAGGGCAUAAAGAAGUCCAAAGGGAUUAGCUGCUGAAGUUUCUAACUAAAGAUCAUAAACUCCCUGGAGACACCAGAGAUAAUGGCCUUGGAUCUGGAGGACUAUUUCCGAACUGUCUUUGAGGAACACCUCUUAAUGAAAGUGCCUGUGCGGGACAGAGGUCUGAUGAGCAGAGCCACACGGAUGAUUGAGAAACAGAGAGAGAUCAGAGAGGUGGAUAAACAGCUCCAGACACACAGAGAGGAGUUUGAGUUGAAGACGGACAGUUUGCGAAGGCGGAGAGAUGAGGUGAUGAAGAAGGAGGAGAAACUGAAGGAGUCGCUGCUCAAAUUUGACAAAUUCCUCAAAGAAAACGACGCAAAGCGUGGUCGGGGUGAGAAGAAGGCAGAGAGAGAGAGGGAUGCUGUACGUCAGAAGGAGGGAGAGAUAGAGAAACUGAAGGAGGAGUGUGCUGUCCUGGAGGCCUGCAGAUUGAGGCUGCAGCGCAGGGUGGGGAAGACUGCCUUCUACUGGACCUUCCUGGAACAGGUCCUCAGACUGGCCAAGUAUGAGGAUGUGUGGGAGCUACUAGGGAGGUUUGCCACCCUGCUAUCCACCAGAGAGCAGCUGCGGCAGAGGGAGAGUGAGGUGCAGGGUCAGGCUGAUGGCCAACGGGGGGCGCUACAGAGAUACACAGACCAGCAGAGCUGCAGCAUUCUGCAGAAGAACAACCUGCUGUCUCAGCUACAGACAGAGCUGGAUCAGAUACGCUCCAAAACUCUCGGAUGGGAGAACAAGUGGUAUCACAUCCAAACCACAGCGGCGAAGGAGACGCUUCUAUUGGGCCAAAUCAAAGUGGUGACCCUUAACCUCUACCACAUGAUGGGCGGGACCACAGGGCAGGAAAAGGGCGUGGCCAUCGAUGACACAGAGACACAGCUAGAGAAGAUCCAGCUCUUCAUCCAAGACCAGUCUGCCAUAGUGAACAACCUCAAACAAAGCCCUUCUCAUCCCACUACUAAAGCCAACUUGAAGUGAACAGGUGGAGGAUUAUCAAGUGAACAGACAGAGGAUCUUGCAAGUCUUAUUCUUGGACAUUGCAAUCCAUCUUGUGUUGUUUUCACACAGAUGGUAAUGUUAUGGUCAGCACUCUGUGCAGCAGUGGUGGAAAAAAGUGCUCAAUUGUCAUCAUCAUAAAGGUACCUUAACAGAAAAUAACUCAAGUAAAAGUGAAAGUCACCCAGUAAAAUAAAACUUGAGUAAAGUCUAAAAGUACAUGGUUUUAA